AGAAGAAGAAGCGGCUCCUCCGUCAUCGGUCACGGACGGCGAACAGGCAGCAAACACGGUGUUAGCCGGACUCAUUGGUGAUGAAUGUGCUAACUGCUAGAUAACCUGUAGCUACACAAGCAUGACAGACUACGCCGAAGAGCAGAGGAAUGAACUCGAAGCCAUAGAGUCUAUCUAUCCAGACUCUUUCACAGUGCUCUCAGAAGAUCCCACCAGCUUCACCAUUACGGUCACAUCAGAUGUAGGGGAGAACGGUGAAACCGUGGAAACAACUUUAAAGUUUACAUAUGUAGAUAAGUACCCAGAUGAGCCCCCGCUGUGGGAGAUCUACUCCCAGGAGAACUUGGAGGAGAAUGACACAGAAGACAUCCUCACUCUGCUGCAACAGCAGGCAGAAGAAAACUUGGGUAUGGUGAUGAUCUUCACCCUGGUGACUGCUGUGCAGGAAAAGCUAAAUGCGAUUGUGGAUGUGAUGAAAAACAGGCAGGAAGAGGAAAAGCGUCGGAAAGAGAGAGAGGCAGAGGAAGCUGAGAAGGUGGCUUUCCAGGGCACAGUGGUAACCAUUGAAAAUUUCCUUUCAUGGAAAGCGAACUUUGAGCUGGAGAUGGCCGAGCUGAGGAGAAAGAAGCAGAAAGAGGAGGAGCAGGCGGGAAAACCCAAACUGACAGGUAAACAGCUGUUUGAGAGAGACCACAACCUGGACACGUCUGACAUCCAGUUCCUUGAAGACGCUGGAAACAGUGUUGAGGUGGAUGAGUCACUAUUCCAGGACAUCGAGGACUUGGAUCUGGAUGAGAAUGACCCAGACUUUGACCCUAUAGAGAUGGGCAGUGAUGAAGACUAAAAGAAGGGAAGGACACUGGACUGCAAGGACCUGUGGGAUCAUGCUGCUCCUGUCCUGGACAGGAUCUUCAGACAAGUGCAUUUAUUUUGAAAAGACUCUGAGUGGAUGGAGAGGAAAUAGUUUAAGAAUAAACACAGCAAUUAGUGUUCAUUUCACCUGCCUGAAGAGUUAAAACUGUCAUAAAGAUGCUUGUCCUCCCUGUUUGAGGUGAUGCAGUGUCAGUGAUGUUCUGUGUCCAGGAGAGGGCAUUAAAACAUCAGGCACGGUCAGAGAGUCAAAGUCUUGCUUUGCUGAGGUAAAAGAACUAGAGUAACACAGUAACCUGAUAUCCAGAAAAAUUGGGCUGUUUUUCAAUAUGCAAUUAAAAUUCUGUGACAUUAA